GAAUUAUUAUUUUGUAAAACAACAGCCAAGUGGAAAGGUCGCUAUUAAAUGAAAUUAAUAUAUUGAUAAAUUAAAAUAAUUAUAAAUAAAAAAAACACAGUGCAAUGUACAAGGAGUUAGUUUUUGUGUGUUGUGCAAUUGCACUUAUAUUGGUUUCUACAACAGAAGCUAGAGGAGGCAGAGGUGGUGGAGGUAGAAGUAGUGGUAGAAGUUCCAGUGGCAGAAGUUCCAGUGGAAGAGGAGGAGGAUUUUUUAGCAGCAGUAGUGGUAGUAAAAGUUCCAGUGGAAGAGGAGGACUUUUCAGUAGCAGUAGUAGUGGAAGUGGUAAAAGUAGUAGUAUCGGUGUUAAAAGUGGUAACAGCUUUAGUGGAGGCUGGUUUCAUGGUUUCUUUCACAGCACACCUUACCGUUACACCUAUAGACCCACCCAUAUAGUACAUAGCAGUAGUAGUACAAAUACGGGUUCUUAUCAUAUACCAACGAAAGAAGAAGAAGCUGAACAAAACAAAGAAACUAGUGACUACGCCGUAGGCUAUACCAUAAGCAAAGCUUUAAGCAGUGACUUUUUCUCUAUUUUUAAUGUGGUCCAUGAUAUUUCAAAAUAUCCUGAGAAAAUCCGAAAUAAAGAGCUACUAACAACAACAACCCAAAGUCCGGUGUCCUCAUAUGACUUAAAUUAUAUUGUAAAUCCUCCCUAUACAAGAACUAGUACAACCUAUGAGGUUGAUCCAAAAUCAUAUUUUCUUGAUGAUGAUACGCUUUUCGGAAUGAUGAACUCUCAUAACAAUUUAGAGAACAAUGCUGGAACAUCUACAGAAAGCACUGCAACUACAGUUGAUGAAAACAACGAGAACAAUGCUGGAACUCCAUCCAUUGUUGGUAAUUUGCAUAAUAUUUUUGAAGUGACAUCUACAGAAAGCAGUACAGCAAAAGAUAAUACAAAAUCAUAUUAUCCUGAUGAAGGCGUAUAUCCACUUUUCGGUGGGAUGAACUUCAAUACAAAUAAUUUGUUUAAUGACAACAUACAAAAACAACUUGCUGAAAUUCAAUCCAGUGUAGCAGAAAGCACUACCAUGAAAACUUCGUUGGACAUUACAAAUGAAUCGCUUUAUGAAAUGCUGAAGCGAAUGGAGAACAGCUAUGGUUCAUUAAAAAUAUAUUAGUAACUAACAUUUAAAAUAAAAUUAAAGCGUAAAGGCGCAGCUAAGAUA